AUGGCGGGAACAGGCGAAGAGCAGGUCGUCCCGACGCGCAUUGUUUGCGAACUGAAGGAGCUGAAGAAGUCGUACGACGCCCUGCACAAGGAGUGGGACUACCAGCAAGAGCAGAUAGACCGGGCCGAGGAGGAGCUGCAGAACCUCAAGUUCCAGCUGCUGUCCCAGUCCCAGUACUGCGCCCACGUCGGCUCCAUCAUCGGCAACCUCAUUUGGAAGGCAACUAGGGGGGCGAGGGACCCGAAAUUCUCCGAAGCACUGCUGGACUCGAACCUCAGGCGCGACUUCCUCUACAUCAUAAGCGACGCGCUACUCAGCUUCAUGGAGACGUACGCGUUGGAGCUGCCUCCCGGCUGCACAGAAGAGGCGCAGUUCAUUCUCUCCAUAGUCGGCGCCGUCGCCAACAUGGCUGCUUGCCCAGCAGGGCGGCAGGUUCUUUCGGGCAGCGACGCAGCUCGCCAGCUGAUGAUUGAAUUCAUCACCUACUUGCCCAUCCUGCCGCUGCCGUCGGGGAAUAAACUCAAGCAGCUGAUGCUGAUGGCGCUGUACAAUGUCAGCAUCAAUAAACGCGGCCUGCGCUUCCUGCAGGACCACGCGGAGAAGCUGGUGCAGGCGCUGGGCUACGUGAUGCGCAGCGACACGGCGCCGGAGCCGCGGCUGACGGCGCUGCGGCUGCUGCAGUCGCUGACGUGCGACGUGGCGUCGCCCGUGGUCAUCGACUGCAUCGACGAGUCCAUCUCGCUGCCGGACCUGCGCUGGCUGCUCAAGAACCGCGCCACCGACGACGAGACCAAGGAGGUGUGCAAGCAGAUCGAGGACAACCUGGAGCGCGCGCGCCAGCGCCACGGCAUGAAGGGCCGCUGCACGGGCGCCGUGCCCUUCGACGGCUGCAGCUUCGUGAGGGCGCAGGGCGAGCUCAAGCCCGGCAACGCCGUCGACAAGCCCUGGGACCGCUGA